UUGCAGACCCCUAAUCUUAAUAUAACCAAAUAUAUAUAUAUAUAUGAAAUAAUUUUACAAAGUAAAAUAAUAUUAUUCCGUUUCGCACCCGUGUCCUCACCUCGAAUUAUUUGAACAAUGUCAAUAACAGUAGAAAUAAUUGUUAAAAGAGCAGACAAAAUUUAUCACGAUGGGGAACAAGUCAAUGGUAUCAUUCAAAUAACAUCAUCUACAGAUAUCAAACAUGAUGGAAUAAUGUUGACCAUGGAAGGAGCUGUUAAUUUACAGAUAAGCUCAAGAAAUGCUGGCAUAAUCGAUGCCUUUUACAGCUCUGUAAAGCCUAUUCUACUUGUUAAUUCUACAUGUGAAAUAAGCAGUGGUAGUAAGAUACCUGCAGGAGUCACUCAAAUACCAUUUCAGAUACCCUUGAAAGCCAAAUCAAACCGAAUAUUAUAUGAAACCUAUCAUGGUGUUUAUGUCAAUAUUUGCUACAUAUUAAAAUGUGAUAUUAGAAGAUCUUUCUUGUCUAAAGAUAUACAAAAGUCACAAGAGUUCCUAGUACAAAGUAAACAUAGUAUUCUACCAUCUGUUAAAGAAAUGAGAGGAGUUGACAUAAAUUUGACUCCACAAGCAAUACUCGGUAAUACCUUAGGUGCCCUAGAUUUUCACCUGACAGGAAGACUCAAUUCAACAUACUGCAAUAUUUCUAAACCAUUCAGAGGCCAUUUGAAACUAAAAAAAUGCUCCAUACCUCUUCGCUCCUUGGAGGUCCAAUUAGUUCGAGUUGAAACUUGUGGUUGUGCUGAAGGAUUUGCUAAAGAGUCCACUGAAAUACAGAACAUUCAAAUAGGAGAUGGAGAUAUUCCUCAAAAUACAGAGAUCCCCAUUUAUAUGAUAUUUCCAAGACUUUUUACUUGUCCAACGCUCAUUGAACACAAUUUCAAAAUAGGAAUUUGUUUCAAGAUGUCGGCGAACUUCAAAACUCCUGUAAUGGUACUUCAAGAAUAUGCAAUGAGGAAGAAAAUUGGUAUACCGAUUUAUAAAGAACUAACAAUGGAAGAAAAACAUUAUAAUGAAUUUGGUUUCGAAGUUAGAAUUGCCGGCUUAAAAGUUACUGGAAAAGGAAGAUCGAAGAAAGUGGCAAAACAAAAUACUGCAUACAAUGCUCUUGAAACUUUAAAUAAUUUGAAAAUGUUUGACUUGGAUUUUCCACCUAAAGAUUAUGAUCCUAAUCUACACAAAUGUGAAAAUGACAAUGAUAAAAAAUUGAGUGUCAACUUUGUUGUUUUUCUACAGGAGUGUUGUGCUCAUAACAAGCUUCCGGAACCUUUCAUUCGUCAGGUAUCUGAUGUUGGGCCUCUUCAUUGUAGAAAAUUCACUUACGAGUGUAAGAUAAGUUCCUUAACAACUCAGAGCACUGAAAUCACAAAGAAACGCGCCAAACAAAUGGCAGCAAAACAGAUGAUUGAAAAGAUUAUGACAAUUAUUCCCAAUUUGGACAUAUGCCUUUCUGAUUGGCAAAAUGCUUUCGAAGAAAAUUCUGAAGAAGGAAAAGAAAAAAGUGCUGAAAAGGAUUCCAAAGUUAUUGAUAGCAAGAACGAAAGUGCUGAAAAAGACUCCAAAGUUAUUGAUAGAAAGAAGCAAAGUGCUGAAAAAGAUUCCAAAGUUAUUGAUAUCAAGAAGGAAAGUGCUGGAAAAGACUCCAAAGUUAUUGAUAGCAAGAAGGAAAGUGCUGAAAAAGUUUCCAAAGUUAUUGAUAGCAAGAAGGAAAAUGCUGAAAAAGAUUCCCAAGUUAUUGAUAGCAAGAAGGAAAGUGCUGAAAACGACUCCAAAGUUAUUGAUAGCAAGAAAGAAAGUGCUGAAAAAAAUUCCAAAGUUAUUGAUAGCAAGAAGGCAAAAAUAGUUGACUUCCCAAAUUGUUUGAAGAGAUUGAUGAAAAAGAAAAAUUUGGAAAUAAAUGAUUUUAAGGAGCUGUUGAAACUACAAGAUGAACAUGGUGUAAAAAACAUAUUGGAUAUGCUUGGUUUGCAAUAUGAAUUAAUAAAACUUCAAGAUAACCCAAUUGUUUUAGCUUUAAACAUUAAUGUGGAUACCACUUUAACUGUUUUGGUAAAAGGAACAUCCGAGGAUUCAGCAAAGGAAGAUUUAUUCAAACAUACAAUGACUAGAUUGAAAUCAUACAUCAAUGCUGCCACUUGUAACAAAUAAUAAGGAUGUUUUUUAUUGAUGAUUUAAAAAAGAAUUUAUUUUUCUUUCAAUAAAACACUAGCAAAUA